UUAACAUUUAGCUUAUCACCCAUACAAACUCCCAAAAUGCCAGAUGAUAUUAUAUAUGCUACUUUACUUCUUGUUUCCGUGGGGUCAGGAGUGCUUGUGCGCAACACAAGAAGCAUUUUGGCAAGGAAGUUGAUUGCAAGCUCAGUUGGCAUCGGACUAGUCUUAUUUUCAUGUGGGUUGGAAGGUGUACACCCCUUGAUUGUAACGGGUGUAAAUUGCCUGCUAAUCUUGCUUGUUGGAGCAAGAUGGUGCCACAUUGCAAGUUUCAUCUGGUGCUUUGGUUACCUGGCAUUUUUCCGAGCAGCUCACUGGUUUGGACUUCCACGCCCACAACCCGUCACAAAUGCUUUACAACUCUUCAAUGCCUUGAGGAUGAUAGGAGUUGCAUUUGAAGUACACGAUGCUCAAUACAUCAAGAAGCGAGACAAUGUUUCGGAGGAAGCAGCAAAGUUACAAAAAGAAUUCCAGAUGACUCCGUCCAGCCUGGACAUUCUUCAAUACUCUCUCUGCUAUAUUGGACUCUUUACAGGUCCAUACUACAAGUACAGAACAUACCAUGACAUGCUCCAUUUAAAAGUGGACGCUCAUAUCCCAAUAAGAAAGUAUGCGCUGGCUCGUAUAAAACAGUUACCAGUUAUAGCAGUUGUCUACCUUGGGUGUUCAUAUUUCUUCAAUAUACAGUAUGUAAAGACAGAGGAGUUCUCCCAGGAUCCAUUAUGGUUCCGCCUGGUGUACAUGGUGCCCAUGUUCCAGAUAUUCCGUACAAGGCUCUACCUGGCCUGGAUAAUGUCUGAACUCAUGUGCUUCACUGCUGGGCUCGGAGCCUACCCUGUAGAGGCUAAGGCUAAAUGUGGGGAGGGGCCCUCUGACUUUGUGGCCCUCAAGGAAUGCUCUGAGAAGGAUGUAUGUCACAUGGAGUAUGAGUUUGAGACGGUGCACAACCUGGACAUCUGGGGAUGUGAGUUGGCGCCUACCACACGUGAGGGCCUUCGAAGCUGGAACAUGAGCGUCCAGUACUGGCUGGCUGCCUACGUACAUCGCAGACUGCCUCGACAUCUCGGGGCUGGCAGAGUUGCUAUAACCAUGGGUGUGAGUGCGUUCUGGCACGGGAUUCACCCCGGCUACUACCUCAGUUUCCUCACUGUUCCCCCGAUACUGGUUGCCGAGGACCUGAUGAUUGCUGCCUUCCGUCGAGGCUCGGCCACACAAAUGCUUCUGUUCGACUGGGCGUGCUGGUUCUUCAAGAUGCGAGGCUUUGACUACAACUGCAUGGGAUUCCUGCUAUUGACUUAUGGAGAUACUGUGGCUUACUGGAAGAAUAUAUAUUUCAUGGCCCAUAUUGUGAUAGUUAUAUUUUGCGUAAUAGGAUAUUUGUUGAGGCCAAAGAAAUCAAAAAAGAAGAAAGAGUAGGAAGGUUUGGCAACUUUUUACUCAAUUCAUUCCAGUUUCAUUGACAGAUUUUUGUUAAAUUUUGAACAAGUUUAUAUGACAUUUAUAUCAUGAUGUAGUAAUUCCAGCCAUGUAUAUUGUUAGUAUUAUCAUAAACAUAAUACAUUAAAAGAACAUCAUUCUGCUCUAUCAUCAAUCUUAUCAUGAGUAGAUGUUUAUGAAGUCAAAUGAUCGUUUUUUUAUCACGAUCUUACAGUGUGAAAGGUUUAUAUGAUUCUAGGCUUUACCUACCAUAGUUAUAGGAUGUACAAGUAGGAGAUUCAUUGUAUGCUGAUGGCUUGUUAUACACUGAGACAGGGUCAUCUGAAUAUAUUGCAUUUGACUCGUGUUCUUUAACAGUGCUGGGCCGGUAUUCAUAAAACACCUUAAGUUAUCCCUUACAUUUCACUUACCAUAUGAUAUAACAACUCAAUACUGUCUGAACUACUUUAUUUUCAUUUAUUUGAUUGAAAAGACAUAUUUUCAUGUUAAAAGAACACUCAUACUUUUCCUUAAAUUAAUAAAUGUCUUGAGAUGUUUUAUGAAUGACGGUACUGGUCUAUUUUUUUACUUGUUGUGAUCAUUGUAUAGAUUUUCAAAAGCAAUAGUAUGGUGUUCUUGUAGUUUGAUACAUUUUUAUAUAUAAAUGUUUACGUGAUAUUAUGCAUUGUAAUCGUUGAGAACACACUUUUCUGAUAUGUUUUAUACAGCAUGUGGAGUAAAGCCAGUUGAUGUUUUAGAUGGAUUUAUGAGCACUGAUACCCGUUAUAUUUCCCCUAUAUUUUUCAGAUAUAAUAAUUACUUAUCUGUAUUGUUUAUAGCAAGCAUCUGUUUUGUUUAAAGCAAGCAUCUGUAUUGUUUAUAGCAAGCAAUUAUGUUUUGAAAGUCCUUUGAAUUUUUCUUUAAUAAUGGCUAGACUGAGUGAGCGAUUGAACACUAUGGUGUAAUGUAUUCAGUCUAAUUUGAAUAAAAUUGAAAUGCGCAGACCUAGAUUGUGUUAGUGUCAUAAUUUUCAUGAGUCGGCAUUAAUAUUUUGAGACAGUAAAAUGCUUGGAUAUGAUCCUGCAGGCAUGUAUGACAAAGU